AUGAUAUUACCGUUAAGCGCGAUUUUUCAUAUGACCAAUGCCAAGAUAGCAGUAUCUAACGACACAGCAGGUGCCGUGGCCACCGCCACAGUGCGUUUGCGGUUUGUGGUUUCGAUACAAGCGAAAAUACCGAAUGGUUUCAAGCAUUUAUGUGUUGGUAGCAUUAUAGCGGAGAAUGUUGUUCUAACGGCGGCCCAUUGUUUUAUAAAAGUGAAACCUAACGAGCAAAUAAGUGUGGUGGGCGGCCGGAAUUAUUUGAAAAUGGGCGAAACUACCCAUGGAAGACGUUAUAAAGUGAUGAAAGUGAUUAAACAUGAACAUUUUUACCCGCUAAUGGGUAACGAUGUAGCUUUGCUUAAAGUGAAACCUGCUUUCCGAUUGAAUAGUGACGAGUUUGCACAAAUUGAUAUCGAAGAUUGCUUAGACGUGCCGGACCAUGAGGAUGCGCUUUUCAUUGGUUGGGGUCAAGUGAAUGCGACAACGGAGAAAUUUUUGGAAUUAAUUCCGUUUCAUAUAAUAGCUACGACUGAGUGCCUACAGAAUAAUUUCAAGCGCAUCACUAAAAGUGAUUUUUGCGCUCGUGCUUUAAAAUUUCGCGGAGCUUGCGACGGCGAGUCCGGUGGGCCUUUAGUUGAUACAACUUUCUCUAGGCAAUGGGGUGUGCUAUCGUACGGCAAGCAAAUAUGUUCAACGGGAAGUAUUUAUGUUUUCACACGUAUACCGAGCGUUGCCGCUUGGAUUAGAAAAAAUUUGAAAAAACUCACGGCCUCUUAG